AUGGACCCCUCAGUUGCCCAAGCCUUGGAGCAGCUGGCCUCAGUGAAGGAACAGCAGCUGACUUCAGUGCAAAGCAUCACCGCGCUGAAAGCCCAGCACCACGACUGGCAGCAGCAUCUUACCGAGCUCCUCGGACGGAUCGAAGUUCAGCUGCAGGUCCACGCGCCCCCGGUUCCUGCUGCACCGGAGAAUUCUCCAUGGCACAUUCAGACUGGAACUGCGCUUGAAGCAAGUCAACCUGCGGAAGCCGGGGCGAAGCCGAAGGCGAAGACCGGAAUGGCUGCGCAGGUGUCCUCUCGAGUCCAGCGCUCAUGUGGAGACGUGGAAGAGAACGACGAGGUUGCGGAAGCCGAGGAAAGUCUUUUUGAGAGCAAGUUUGAAGAGACGGACGAGGGAGCACCGGAAACCCAGGUAGAGACUCGAGGUCGCGUAUCGUCCCGCACGACGCUGGAAGACAUCUUCCGCACCAGGAAGACCGUGCUCCCGAAAGACAACCAGCCGAUCGCCCUGGGCAGCGUCGUCCUGGAAGAAAUGGCCGCGACGACUCAAGUGGAGGAACCACCCCUGGGCGAUCUUUGGUCUCGCUUCAAAAGCAAGGCUGCAUACGUGGCCCAUUCCAGCUGGUUCGAGUUUGCGUCCGGCUUUGUGAUCAUGGUCAAUCUUGCCACGAUUGGCGCGGAAGCGGAGCUGUCUUUGGCCCAAGGUGUGGAGUUUGGUCGAGACUCCUGGCCUUACCUUGUGGAACGCGUUUUCUUAGCCAUCUACUUGGUGGAGGCCGUUGUGCGAGGAGUGGGGAUCGGUUGGCCAGUAUUGAAGGACGGCUGGUUCCUGAUGGAUGCAGGCCUUGUCUGCGUCGGGUUGUUGGCCCUGCUGGUGGUGCCCAGCUUCGGGGCAACCGAGCUGGAAGGUGUGGAAAAGCUCCUGAUCGUGCGAGGCCUUCGCUUGCUGAGGCUGCUCCGGGCAUUGAGGAUGGUAAGCCAUUUCAAGAUCAUGUGGCGCCUGGUUCACGGCCUUCUCACAUCUGCAGAAACCAUUCUGGCGGUCACCAUGCUCCUGUUGGUCCUCAUUUUUGUCUUCGCAUGCGUGGCGGUGGAGGUCAUUGCAAAGGACAAGGAGCUUGCAAAGCAUGAUGAGCUCACUGAGUUCGUUAUUGACGAGUACUUCAGCAGCCUGCACGUGACAGUCAUGACGCUGAUGCAGUUUGUGACGAUGGACUCACUGGCCACCAUCUACUUUCCGCUUAUUUUGGCACGCCCAAGUUUGCUCUUCUUCUUCCUGCCGAUGCUGAUUUUCAUUUCGAUUGGCCUUAUGAACUUGGUCACCGCAGCCUUGGUCGAGAAUGCCAUGAAGCACCAAGUGCAGGUGGAGGAGGAGCACAAGAUUGCGCUGAAGGCAAAAGUUCGCGAGGCCUUGCCGGCGAUCGUGAAGAUCUUUGAGCAGCUCGACCAGGACAAGAGCGGCAACAUUACACAGGAGGAGCUUCGGCAUGUGCCUGUCGACGUGCUGCCGCCCAAAGUGUUGUCAGCGGUGUGUGCUGAUAGCUGGGAAGAGCUUUUUGAGUACUUGGACGUGGAUGGAACGGGCACGCUGAGCCAGACUGAGUUUGUUGAAGGCUUGCUGAACCUUUGUCUUUUGGACAUGCCGAUCGCGACGGUCCAGACCCUCAAGCUGCUUCAAAUCAUUCGCAACAGCAUCACCCAUAUUGAUGACAGCCUUUUGCAGAUCAAGUCGAUGGGCACCCGCUGA